AUGCAAAAAUCAAGCCCUGAAAAAAUAAUUAAAAUAACUCGUGAGGCUUCGGCGACAUUGGACAGUAGAGGCUUGAUUGAUCGCCAAUUUCCUGAUCUUCACAAAACAUUCACAGAUCCUCCUAUAUACGAAACGACCCAGGCAGAAGCGGUACGACCAGUUGUUUUGAAAAAGAAUAUCACUUUUCCAGCUGAUGCUUUAACAAAUAUCAAAGACUAUAAAACAGAUAGUCCUUGUGGUGUAGCUCCAGCUAUCAAUCGAGCCUAUUUUGUCGUUGGAAAGCAACUUUACUUAUGGGACUAUAUCAAAGGCUCAAUUGUUACUUAUGAAGAAGACUUUGACAUCGUUGGUAUUGGCUUUGUAAAACCAAAGCCAGAUGUUUUCUUAGACGAAGUUAAGCAGCUUAUGAUCAUCUCAACGAAAAGAGAAGUCAAAAUAAUGGCUCUUGUUUACAGCUCAACCACAGAUUUGAAAGUCUAUCCUACAGACAUGAAAACAAAUACAACAGGUAUCAGCAUGACCGAUAUUGUUGGAACAAAAUAUGGACGCGUGUUUAUGCUGGGCAAUGACGGUAAUGUUUGGGAAUUGGAUUACAGAAGUGAAGAAAGCUGGUUUUACAGCAAAUGCUCAAAGAAACUGCAUACUUCAGCAAACAAUUUUACAUUUCUCUUUGGCAGAUUGGGCGACCCUAUCAUACAAAUUGCUGUGAGCGAAGAUGGGAAGGUUCUGUAUCAGCUUACAGAGCGUUCAGCGAUUUAUGUAACUUAUUUGGGUGAUGAUAAGAAACAAACGUUUAUCAAUGUGUACAAAAAGACCGACAUCCUUGAAGAUGCCCGUAGAACCAAUCCUAGUUCAAACUAUCUUAAUAUUAAGAAUUGCAGGGUUGCAUCGAUCCAUCCAGUAUCUCCUUCCGAAUCGACUGUAUAUCAAUUAGUGGCUGUCACUACCACUGGAUGUCGACUGUAUUACACUCAUUACCGGGAUAUGCACCAAAUUGCUGCCAAUGAUCGUCCCAACAAUUUACUCACGCUUCAUGUUCGACCGCCUUCAGAAGAUGUGCAUGCGAACGAUUAUUUAAGGAAUACAACUUAUCAUGAUGGGCUAUUAUUUUUCACCAAGAGACGAGGACUUAACGCAGCUCAAGAGGAUAUUAUCACAUUCUCUCCUGACUUGGGAAAUCUUUCAAACAUCACCCACGCUCAAGCUGAUAACCGUUUAGUUGAAUUCCGUAAUGUCAUUCCCAUUCAAGGGGAAGUUUUCAAGAUUGUAGAAGUACCUGCUACCGACCCACAUCAAUUAAAUGAAACAUCUAUUCUCUACAAUCCACCUGCACGUCAUUUCUUAGCUCUGACUUCAUAUGGGCUCUUUGUACUCGUAAAGCAACGUCCUGUCGAUAUGCUCUAUCAACUUCUAUUGCCAACAGGUCGCGAUAUCAAUACUCGUUUGGUGGAUUUCGAAAGCUUUUUCAACCAUUUUGGUUACGUUAACGUCUCAGCCCUUUGCUACAAUUUGAUAUGCGCGUAUAUUUCAACCUUCACCUCAGAUAAGGAAUUGGUUUAUAGUUCGGAACCCGUCUCCGAAUCUGUGGAGCAAGGAGCUCAAGCUUUAUUAGAAAGAUUUGGUCAAGUACCUUCAUCCAGUAGCAACAGUAAUGCCAUUUAUACCAGUAGACAUGACGGUUUGGCCUUGUUCAUUUACCGUGUCAUUAACCGUAUUUGGACAAAACAGUUUGUGAAACAAUCCACCGACGAAGAUGGCAAAAAACAAUAUUUAUGCAGCAUCUCCAUCCAGCAAUUAAAAAAGAUACAACGUGUAUUAAGGAAGCUUGCAUCCUUUAUGGAUAGAAACCGUGAAUUAUUUCCUAGAGCAGCACCAGUUAAUGAUGAACAAAAAUCUUAUGCCGAAUUGUACAAUUUUAUCGUUUAUUUCAGUGAAACGAUUUUGUUUCUUGAAUAUUUGAUGGAGAACGGCUUCUCAUCAAUUAUACAGCUCAUGAAGCCCGACGCACAGCAACGUAUUCAGCAAAUCACUUUAAAGGAUUUGUUGACAACCACUGAUGGGCAACUACUAGCCAGUGAAUUAGCCUCUGCUUUAAUCAACUUCACCUUUAAGAAAUGCGAUAAUGUCAAUUAUGUUACAGAUGUGCUUACUCAAUACUGUGGUACAUUCUGUGGUGCUAGUGAUGUUCUUUUAUACAAGGCAGUCGACCAAAUUUAUGCUGCUCGUAAUGCAGCGAAUGCAAAUCAAGUCAGGACUCUUUUGACAGAAUCCUUGAACCACUUGAUGAAAAUCGCCCUUCAUAUUCCUGCAGAUAAAGCAUCCGAAAUCGCCUCUGAGUUCGCUUCUCAAGGUUAUCCUGUAUAUGGUAUUCGUGUGGCAGUGGAGUGUGCUAAAGCAAGAGAUUCGAAUAAUGCUUCCACUAUGCAUGCUAAGCCUGCUUCCAAGGAUUCACGCUCCCAGAUAAUCACAUCGAAACAACCUUUUUAUGAUAUCAUCAUCAAUAUUCUUACUUCUACAGCAUCAAAAGGUGGAUACCGAAAAGAAAUUUUCGAUACGGCUUUUUCAUUCAAUGAUAAGGCCUUCCAACAUUAUGCAUUUGAGAAAUUCAUCGAGAUGAACCGUGGGCAAGAACUAAUCAAGGAGUCACCACCAAACCUUGAAGAGUUUUUAAAAGAAGCACCUACUUCCUAUGCUCGAUUGCAAGUACUUGCUGAUUUCUAUAGAAUAAAUGAGAGAUACGAAGAAGCCGCGCAAACUUACAAAACCUUGGCUAGAACACCUGGGGAUAUAAGCAUCGAUGUCCGCAUUGAUCAUUUAAUUACCGCCUCUGUUUGUGCCAAUUCCGUUACAGCACCAACAAAGCAAUAUGAUAUGUAUCGCUUGAAACAGUCCAUUGAAGAAUUAUUAGAAUUAGCACGUCAAGAAAAGUUAAAGACUACUACUGUCAAAUAA